AUGAUUGUACAUACCCAUACACGUAUGAAAAUGUGCGGUUUUUCUUUUCUUGAUAUAUAUGCCCAGCAAAAGGUGUUGCGCUUGCGUGGACCGCAGCAAGCGCAAGCACAAGCAGCCGUCUUGCCAGAUGUGGCUUGCGCACAAACUCGCAUGCCCCCGGCUGCUUGUCCGCUUGCCAGUCCAUCUAAUAAUAUAGCCUACGCCUCCUCCGGGCCUCCUCCGGGCCUCCUCCGGUUGAUAUCUUAUUGA